AUGGUCACCACGAUACUCAUAGCCGCCUCGGCCAUAUUGGUACUACUACUGUUACGGCUUCUGUUUGUGUUGCCAGCAUCGAACCGAUUCGGAUUCCUAUACAGACCGAAACACUCAAAUCCAAAACUCAUGGUCAUGAUGGGAUCAGGGGGCCAUACUGGUGAGAUGUUGCGGAUGCUCAAGACCCUCAAGCUCCAAAGCUACGCAAAGCGAGUCUACGUGUCGUCCUCGGGAGACGUGGAUUCACUUGAGAAAGUCAAGGUGCUGGAGAGCACCACCAAAACAGACAUCAAGACAAUGGUUCUCGAAAACAUUCCUCGAGCGAGAAAAGUGGGUCAAUCCUAUCCGUCCAGUGUGAUCACGUCUGCCGUAUCGUUCGCUGUGGCUGUUAAACUCGUGCACAAACACAAGCCUCACGUCAUUGUGUGUAACGGCCCUGCCACCUGUGUCAUGCUGUGCUACGCAGCCUUUCUGCUGAGAUUCAUGGCUCUCAUUGAUACACGAAUCAUCUACGUCGAGUCUCUUGCUAGAGUGAAUCGUCUCAGCCUCAGUGGGCUCAUCCUGCUGCCGUUCUGCGACCGUUUCCUCGUGCAGUGGCCUCAGUUGGCCGAAAAGUACCCCAGAGCCGAGUACCACGGCAUUCUAGUUUAG